GGAUGGGCACACUGUCCAAACCCAUCACAGCGUAUCUCUUGUGAGACAAAAACCUUUCUCCAUGUGAUUUUCUGCCAUUGUCCACCGCACCACCACCACCACCACCACCACCACCACCACCACCACCACUCAUGUCUUCCCCUCGUCCUAGACUCUUUCUGCUUCUUUUCUUGCUCGCUUCAGCUUCCUCCGGCUUCCUCUUCCAGAUCUGCUCUGCAACCCACGAAGAUGAUGAGUUGGCUGUGGUUGUAGAUCCAAACCUGAGCUUUGAGAACCCAAGGCUUCGCCAGGCCUACAUUGGCCUCCAAGCUUGGAAAUCAGCCAUCUUCUCAGACCCAUUCAACUUCACAGCCAACUGGAAUGGCUCAGCCGUCUGCUCCUACACGGGCGUCUACUGUGCUCCAUCUCGUGCCAAUGCCUCCCUCACAGUGGUCGCUGGCAUUGACCUCAACCACGCUGAUAUUGCCGGCUACCUUCCACCGGAGCUCGGUCUCCUCGCAGAUCUCGCUCUCUUCCACCUCAACUCCAACCGUUUCUGCGGCGUCGUGCCCAACACUUUCCGCCGCAUGAAGCUCCUCUACGAGCUCGACCUGAGCAACAACCGCUUCGUGGGCAAGUUCCCUAAGGUGGUAUUGUCCUUGCCCGCCCUCAAGUUCUUGGAUCUUCGAUUCAACGAGUUCGAAGGCCCCUUGCCUUCCCAGCUCUUCGACAAGGAUCUCGAUGCCAUUUUCCUCAACGAUAACAGGUUCAGGUUUGGUAUCCCAGAGAACCUUGGCAACUCUCCGGUCUCGGUGCUGGUCUUUGCCAACAACGAUCUCGGGGGUUGCAUACCGGGCAGCAUUGGGAAGAUGGGCAACACUCUCAACGAGAUCAUCCUCCUGAAUGACAAUCUCACUGGGUGUUUGCCUCCGGAGAUCGGGCUUCUAAGGAAUCUCACGGUGUUUGAUGUGAGCUUCAAUCAUCUUCAAGGAUCACUGCCCUCAACUAUCGGUAAUAUGAAGAGCCUGGAGCAGCUGGAUGUUGCCCACAACAGCUUCACGGGUGUUAUACCCGCCAGUGUGUGCCAGCUGCCUCGGUUGCAAAACUUCACCUACUCUUUCAACUAUUUCACUGGGGAGGCUCCAGCGUGUGCCUCUAUUUCAGCUGGUGGAAGGGUUGUGGCCAACGGUGGCAAGAACUGCAUCCCUGGCAAGAUUGAUCAACGAUCCUCCAGGGAAUGUUCUUCAGAAGCUGCUCGCCCUGUAGACUGCAGCAAGUUCAAAUGCGGCGGCGGCGGUUCCCCACUGCCUGCACCAAGACCAAGAGCACCACCGCCGCAUUCGGGGAAAAGAUCUCCUGCUCCAGGACCGCCACCGCCACGUAGAGCUCACUCGCCAAGGCCGUUUGUCGGUCCUUCACCGCCACCCCCAACAUCAAAGUCUUCGCCUUCCAGCAGAUCACACUCUCCACCACCACCACCACCACAUCUUUCACCAACACCUCCUCCCAAAGAGUCCUACCACUCACCGCCGCCGCCCAGUCAAAGGGUAUCACCCAGGACUCAUCUCCCACCACCACCACCACCACCAGUUGUGCAUUCACCACCGGCUACGCCUCCGUCGAGUGGUUACCAUUUGACACCACCACCGCCACCAAGUCAUUACCUUUACACACCACCACCUCCAUCCGGCCAUUACCAUGCUUCACCUCCAUCGAGUCAUUACCACUUCACACCACCCCCACCUAGUGGAGAGUCACCAAAUACACAUAUACCAUCACCACCACCUCCAGUUACCUACGUGCCCCCAGUGCCUAAACAUUCACCACCUCCACCUCCUCAGCAGUCAGCUGAAGCCCCACCACCAAGUCAUCACUAUAGUUACACUUCACCGCCGCCACCACCACCACCUCAGCAGUCGGGUGAAGCCCCACCACCAAGUCAUCACUAUAGUUACGCUUCACCACCACCACCACCUCAGCAGUGGGCUGAAGCGCCACCACCCAGUCAUCACUAUAGUUACCCGUCACCACCACCGCCAAGUCAUCGUAGUUAUACUCCACCAUCGCCACCACCCCCUCCACCAACAAAUGAACAUUCAACAGCUCCAUUUCCACCUCCACUGACUGAGCCAUUGCAUCAUCCCCCACCUCCUUCGCCACCAUCCGGUUGCAUCACUCCGGGAUCACCACCCACCCCGUCCCCACACCCACCUCCUAAACAACAAAGCCGUCAUCCACCGUCAUUCCACCAUCCUCCGCCGACCAAGUUCUCAAACUCACCUCCACCACCCUCAUUCAAUAACGUGCCCCUUCCACCUGUUAUAGGAGUAUCAUAUGCAUCUCCUCCUCCUCCUCUAAUUCCCUACUAUUAAUCCAUGUCGCAUCGCUUUCUAAUUUGAUUCUUUCUGCUGCAAGGCCAACAACCCAGAUAGCACAACAAGGAUUGGUUCCAUAUUGUGUGUACUAUUAUUUUUAUUUGUAUUUUUUUUUUCUGAAGCAUUGUCAUUCUCCAAGAGGUUGCUUCCGUAGCAAUAGUAGUUUUGUUCUGUUUCUCGUUAAUUUUUUCGUAUAAUCGUAUCUAUCAAUAUAUAUUUGAUAUAUGAAAGGGGGAAUGGAUGGGAACACUCGGGGCUAUGAGGUUAAUUCGUUAUACAAAUUGCUCGUGUAUAAUAUGGAUUGGUCUUACAAUUUUUCUUGAA